AGGCUUUGGCCGAGCAGUUUCCCAUCACCCACGGGCAGUCGGUGAAGGAGCUUUUCAGAGGCUGCCGCCUUCACUUCAACCGCCUGGUGAAGGACCUCAGCGAGAACGACCUGGACAAGGCGCGCCUGGGCCUGGGCCACGCCUUCAGCCGCUCGAGGAUGCAGCUGGAUCCCAACCGCCAGGACAAGCCCAUUAUGAACACCAUUGCAUUGCUGGACAACCUCGACAAGAACAUCAACACCUUCGCCAUGCGAGUCCGGGAGUGGUACGCCUGGCACUUCCCGGAGCUCACGAAGAUCGUCACGGACAACAUCGCCUAUGCCAAGGUGAGCCGGGUCAUCCGCGUGAGGGACAACUUCGAAGGAGACAAGGAGGCCCUCAGCGAGGCCGCUGGCUCUGAGGAGGUGGCGGACGAGAUCUUGAAGGCGAUGAAGAUGUCCAUGGGCCAGGACAUCGUGGAAAUGGAUAUGAAGAACAUCGACCACUUUGCAAGCGAGGUGAUCAAGCUUGCUGACAUGCGGAAGACGCUGCAUGAGUACCUCAAGGCCAAGAUGGACCUGGUGGCCCCCAACUUGGGCGCGCUGAUCGGGGAGAUCAUCGGGGCCCGGCUCAUCUCGCACGCAGGGAGCCUCACGAACCUGGCCAAGUACCCCGCGAGCACCGUGCAGAUCUUGGGGGCGGAGAAGGCGCUCUUCAGGGCGAUGAAGACGAAGGGCAACACGCCCAAGUACGGUUUGAUUUUCCACUCCACCUUCAUUGGCCGGGCCCAGCAGAAGAACAAGGGCAGGAUAUCGAGGUACCUGGCCAACAAGUGCUCCCUGGCGAGCCGCAUCGACUGCUUCUCCGAUGAGGCCACCACGGUGUUCGGGGAGAAGCUCAAGGACCAGGUGGAGGAGCGGCUGACCUUCCUCUCGGAGGGCACGACACCCCGGAAGAACUUGGAGGUGAUGCAGGAGGCCAUCAAGGAGGUCACAAAGCAGCGCAAGAAGAAGGCCAAGAAGGCUGCGGCGGCGAAGGCGGCAGAGGAAGCGGGGGAGGUGUUGGAAGAGGGCGCGGUGCCGAAGAAGAAGAAGCGUGUGCAAGAGGAGGUUGCGGAGGAGGCCGUGGAGGAGGAGGCGCCGAGGAAGAAAAAGAAGAAGGCCGCUGCGUGAUGCGAAACUUGCGGCGGGUAUUGUACAAAGGGUAGCGAUCAGCUUUCGAGAAGGGCGAAAUCCGCCGGCGAAAUCG